UUUACAACUUUUAUUGAGUUAAGACGUGUUUCGGACUUCAGUGCUACGCGACGGUGCAACUUAAUUUUAUUUUUCAAAAAUUUUGAGUUCUUGUUAUUCGAAACUCUACACCAAGAAAAUAAAAAAAAAAUCAGUAUGCCCUUUUCAAGUUAUUUCGCAGCGAAUGUGCCAUACGAGCAAGUUGAAAAACUGACCACAUCAACCGGUUGCUCUUAUAUCUAUUCAUCCUCACAACCAUCGGUCCCGAUUGUGGGUGAUUGGAGAACUCGUUACUGUACACUAGACAAUAGUUUUCAGGAUGUUUUAGAGCGUGUUCAUAGCUUCGAAAUACGCAAAGAGGAUGUUUGGAUUGUGACAAGUACUAAAUGUGGCACUACUUGGACUCAGGAAAUGACUUGGCUAAUUUUAAAUAAUUAUGAUUUCGAAAAGGCAAAAGAAAUUGAUCUCACAAUACGAUCACCAUUCUUAGAAUUCAAUGGAGUUGUGCCAAAUGUACCACAUGAUACAAUUGAUGCUGCAGAUAAAUUAGACUCUCCGCGUUUGAUAAAAUCACAUUUACCUGUGAUGUUACUACCCAAGCAAAUUUGGACGAAAAAACCAAAGAUUAUUUAUGUUUUUCGAAAUCCUAAGGAUGCAGCUAUAUCUUAUUAUCAUCACUGGCGUGGUAUGGUUGGUUAUACAGGCACAAAAGAAGAUUUUAUGCAAUUAUAUAUGGAUGGAUAUGUUAAUUUCAAUCCAUUUUGGCCACAUGUUUUGGACUUUUGGCAAAUGCGACAUGAACCAAAUGUAUUCUUUACCAGUUAUGAACGCAUGAAGAAAAAUUUAUCAAGUGUUAUAAAAGAUAUUUGUCAUUUCUUAGAGAAAGAUAUAACAGAAAAGGAACUUACACAACUUGUCGAUCAUUUAUCCUUUGACAAAAUGAAAGAUAAUCCAGCAUGUAAUCAUUCCAGUGAAAAAACUGGCUUCGUACAAGUUGGACCGGAAAAAUACUUUUUUCCUAACAAAUACAAAAAUGAGGCAAAGGAAUAUUAUAAUUUUGAAGCACGCUCCGAUGAUGUGUGGAUUGCAACGUUUCCACGUUCCGGUACCACUUGGACACAAGAAAUGAUUUGGUUAAUAGCAAAUAAUUUGGAUUUCGAUGCAGCUAAGAGUCAACUACUAACAGAAAGAUUUCCAUUCUUUGAAUUUCCAUUGUUCGUACAUCCGGAGAUAAAAAGCAAAUUAAUAGAAGAAAAUGCAAAUGAUGCAGAUAACUUGAAAUUCAUAGAAUUAAUAUCACGUCCAGGUUAUCAGUCUUUAAGUGAAAUUGAAAUCGGUAAAAGACGAUUUAUAAAGACACACUUUCCAUUCUCAUUAUUGCCACCCAGUGUGUUGGAGAAGAAAUGCAAGAUCAUUUAUGUAACACGCGAUCCUAAAGAUGUAGCAGUGUCUUAUUAUCAUCUUAACAGAUUAUAUCGUACACAAGGUUAUGUAGGAGAUUUCUCACGUUACUGGUCUUAUUUUGAAAGAGGACUAAAUCCUUGGUUACCAUACCACAGUCAUAUUAAAGAAGCACUUGCUCAUAGUCAUUUACCUAAUGUGUUGAUGUUGAAAUAUGAAGACAUGCUUAAGGAUUUGAGUGCCACCAUUACAAAACUUGCUAGUUUUCUUGAUUGCAACCUGACCACUGAAGGUUUAGAAAAUCUUAUCAAUCAUUUGAACAUAACGAAUUUCCGUAAAAAUUCUGCUGUGAAUGGUCAUGAAAUGGAAGCCAUCGGAAUUCUUAAUAAAGGAGAAGCGGGUUUUGUGCGUACUGGCGGUAGUGGUGUGCAAAAGGAGUAUACAGAUAAUCCAGAAAUUCUAAAAAAAGCAAAUAAUUGGUUGGAAAGGCAACAAAUAGAUUUAAUAUGA